AUGCGGGAACUGUACAAUUGCUCCUAUCGGUACUCGGAUCAAGACAUUUUCACUUCCAUAGCUCUUUGGAUCGAUGUGAGUUUCUGAAAAAAGGCAGACAAAUAUGUCAUAAUGCGGCUAAUUUAUUCAAACUGCAUGAUGGCCUUUGCACUUCCGUCAUUGAAGCGUUUUGGAAAACUGUUUAAUAAUUCCAAUUUUAAGCCGUUUUUUGGAGGGUUUUGGACAGAGAGGGAUGGAGAAAAUGUCGAUUUUUGAGGGGAUGUUCUAGGAAAAACGGAAAAAUCAUUUCAAAUUGUCAAAUAAGAACCUUUUUGAAGGUAGGAAAUCGUUAGAGCGCACUUGAAGAGUAUUUAAAAAAAUUUUUUUUCAAAAUAAUGGUCGAACGAACAUCAUGAAAAAGCCAAAUUUUCCGAUUUUUUCCUACAUAUUCAAAAAUUUCCCUUCAGGGACCCUUUACACUUGUCGCGGCGGUUUUGUCGUUCGUUGGAGCGCACUUUGCUGUCAAAUUCCUCCGAACGGCCGGCCUCAACCGAGAACUCACUGCUGGUUAGAUUUUUUUUUUCCUGACUCGGAAAUAAAUCCGAUUAUGCACAAUGGCUCCCCGAUUUUGUUUUCGAGCCAUUUAAUUUUUUUGUUUUUUACUUUGUCUUUUGUUUGGCUUCAAGAGGAAAUAGGUUCUGGGGGGAAAACAUAAGAUGAUAAGAAGAAGAUUUUGAGGAAAUUGAGGUUUACUGUAGGCUUUGAAGAUGAUUUUCUAGGGGCUCAAGGUAGGAAGUUUGUGAAAAAGAAAAAAAUUGAAAAAAAUUGGCGUUUUUUUGUCUUUGAAUCAAUAAUUGAUAGUGCACAUGAAAAAAUUGUUUCCUGAGGUUUUUUUGAAAACUUUUUUCGCUUACCCCUUGGAUGUCAAACAUAGUGUACCUAAGGUCCAAAAAACCCGGAAAGUCUGAAAAAAAGUGUUCGGGAUAGAAAAUUUUCGAUUUUUUGAAGUUUCAGUACUUUCCCAAAGCAUUAUAAUAAAGGUUCAAGCUUUUUUCUUACUUGAAAUUGUUAAUUUUCACAAAAAGUUGACCACAAAUCCUUCAUUUAGCUUUUUUCGAAGCCAAAAAACUUCUGAAAAAACUUUCCCUGGAGAGGGGUUGAACCAGCGACCUUCUGGUUGUAAAACAGAGGCCUUACCAGUUGAGCUAUCUACACCAGGACAAAUUUGCAGCUUUCAAAGCGUUAUAGCAAAGAUUCAAGCCUUUCUCUCUCCUAAAACCUUAAAUUUUUGCAAAAAGUCUUCAUUUAGCCUUUUUUGAAACCUAGAAAGAGUUUUUGAACGGUAUAUCCCUGGAGAGGGCUCGAACCAGCGACCUCCUGCCUCUGAAACAAGAGCCUUACCAGUUGAGCUAUCUACACCUGGAGAAGUUGGUAGCCUUUUCCUAAGCAUUAUACCAAAGAUUCAAGCCUUUUUCUAGCCUUGAGCCCCAUUUUUUUUCAAAAAAUUCGGUUAGAAAGCCUUCUAGGGGUUUUUGAAGCACAAAAACGUUUCCUGAAAAAGAUUAUCCCUGGAAAGGGCUCGAACCAGCGACCUCCUAUCUCUAAAACGAGAGCCUUACCAGUUGAGCUAUCUACACGAUUGCAACUCGAUGAGGCCAUUUCUGUUAAAAUGGACCGAUCAUAACGAAACUUGAGAAAAAGACAUGAAGAACACAUGAAACUAUUCAAACAAUCACGGGAUGUGCGCCAAUGCGCACCACCAUGGCGCAAACUUUGGCGACAAUACUUUUGGAUAUCUGAGAAAAUUUCCAGCCCUGUUCACGCUCUGCGCGGUUGACUCGUUGCUGAUGGUGUCGGUGGUGCUCAAGCAAUCCAUCGAGGCUACCGCCGUCCUGUUCUUCAACUACAACAUCAUGUUCGACAAGCAAGCCCUGAUGCUGAUCAUGCACGCCUUGACCAUCAGUUUCACGACUUGUUCGGUAGAUUUUUUGACCCUCCAAUCAAUGAAAAAAUACCAAGGAUGGCAUUUUGUAAAUAAAUGGAAAUUUAGUAUAAUAAUCAUUUUCAUUGUCAGAAAAAGGCAAAAAAAAGGUUGAAAUUCGUUGUUUUUUUACACUCUUAUGAGAAAAAUUAUAGUGGUCUCUUAAGAGGUCCCUGAAAGACCCUAAAGUGGCCACUAUUCCGCGUCCAAGUGGCCAUUAUAGUAGUUUUGAGCAGAUAGUAGUACUAGUCAUACAAAGUGGCCAUGAAAAAACUACUAAAGUGACCACUAAAACCACCAUUUUGCGUCCCAGUGGCCACUAUAGUAGUUUUAGUGGUCUUGUAGUCCUAUUCAUACAAAGGGGUCAUGAAUUCGACUACUUAAGUGACCACUAAUACCACUAAUUCGCGUCUAAGUGGCCACUAAAGUAGUUUUUAGCGAGGUAAUAGUACAACUUCUAAAGAAGGCAGUAACUUUAGCCACUAGUUCGACCCCUUUAGUGGCCACUAAAACGUUAAACCCCUAAAGUGGUCCCUUUAAUGAUUACAUCGGGAAGAAAUCUAUUCCUAAAAGUCAAAAAUUGGAAACUUCUCAAUGACGACGUUACAAUAUAUUUUAGAGCAUAUUCUGAUAAAAAUUUCAAGAUUUAUCACUUCCCAGACGCUCCUGGUCGUCUACAUCUCCUUCCUACGGUUUCUCGUCGUCUUCCGACCCAUGAAAUUCGUGUCCUCCACUAUGGUAACCCCCAAGUGGACACUUGAAGACUAGAAUGAUCAUUUUAGGGAAGCGUUCGGUACAAAUCCGGCUCGCCGAUGAAUCAAUCGUUCGAUCGGCCUUUGACUCGGCAGUGCUCCCGGGCCAGCAUGAGGCUGUCCCUGAGGAAGCUGAUUAGGCCUUAUUAUCUACCUGGUGAGUUUUGGAAAGGUAUUUUUGGCUGAGAAAUGGGGCCGAAGCUUCUAAUUACCUUGAAGCAUGUUGACUAGGACAUCUAAGCGUUUCAAAGGUAUGAGCUUCCAAAAAAGGUAGUUAUGACGUCAUGAAGCUUCAGAAGGCUCUGGGGUAGUUUUUGAGGGACUUGAAUGAAGUUCAAAUAGAAUUUUUAAGACUGAGAUGUUUUUGAAGAUUCGAAAGGUCUUUGUUGACUUCUAGGAAGAGUUGAAUCUGAAUCAGGUCAAAAAAUGACGUCAUAAUACGGUAAUAUUGACCUGCUGGCGUCAAAAUGACGUCAUAGUACGGUAAUAUUGACAUUCUCGGAAGCUAUUAGAAGCCUUCAAAAACUGUGACGUCACUCAGAAAUGUUUGUUUCUUCUCAAAAGCGUCCUAUUCUGAAUGACGUCAUCAAGAUCCUGAAACCUUGAAUUUUUGAAUUUUCACUGUUUAAAGCUCUUAAGGCUGUUAUUGAUUCAUAAGAGAAGUUUUACCUUAUUUAGACCCAAAAAUGACGUCAUAAUAUAGUAAUAUUGACCUUCUGGAGUCAAAAUGACGUCAUAAUACGGUAAUAUUGACCUUCUUGGAAGCUUUUAGAAGCUUUCGAGAGUUAUGACGUCACUCAGAAAAGUUCUUCUCGAAAGAAUGACGUCAUCAAGAUCCUGAAACCUUGAAUUUUCGAAUUUUUACUGUAGAUCUUUUUGGGCCAUGAUUUCUUUCCUUUACUAAAUAUCCAUUUCAGGCGCCGUGGUCGUGUGCAGUUUCAUCAUCAACAUCCCCCUCUACUUUGAAUUCACGAUGGUCGAAUGCUUCGACGUCCUCCACCAAGUCGUCGCCUCGAAUCCGGCACCCACCGAGUUCCGCAACACGGUUUGACCGUCUUGGUCAUCUCCAUAACUCAAGAGCUUCCUUCAGUUUGCGAGAUACAAGGCGAUCCUGAUGACGUUGACCCAGACGAUCGGCCCCGUCGGAAUGAUCUUCUUCUUGUCCGUCGUCACCGAGUAUCACGUCCACGCCAGUCUGAUCGCUAGGAAGAAGUUAGUUGGGCGCCACGGGUACUUAUGCGACCGACCAGAAGCUACUUGCGCUAAGUCGCUUUCUGAAAGCCAGUCGGAUCGCCACGGGUACUUUUGCGACCGAUAAGAGCUACUUGCGCUAGGCAGCUUUCUGAACGCCGGCCUGAUCGCUAAGAAGAAUUUAGUUAGGCUGGGGGGUUACUUCUGCAACCGACCAAAAACUACUUGCGCUGGGCCGCUUUUUGAAAGUCAGUCGGAUCGCCACGAGUACUUUUGCGACCGACCAGAAACUACUUGCGCUAGGCAGCUUUCUGAACGCGUCUGAUCGCCAGGAAGAAGUUAGUAAGGCUCGACGGUUACGUUUGCGACCGACCAGAAGCUACUUGCGCUAGGUCGCUUUCCUUUCUGAAAGCCAGUCGGAUCGCCAGGAAGAAGUUAGUUGGGCUCGACGGUUACUUUUGCGACCGACCAAAAACUACUUGCGCUAAGCCGAUCUCUGGAACAUUGAAAGAGGCGACUUUUGAACCAUUCUUCGCGUUUAAAGUCGGGAAAAAUGGCGCGACAGACCGGAAACUACUUGCGCUAGACUGUAUUCUCUAGCAUGCUAAUGAAACCCCUGAAAGUAGGGGCAAAAAAAACUUGAGCUCUUUUUUUAUCACAAAGAAGUUUAGAGCCAUUCUGUGGCGUUUCAAAUAUUCGGAAAAUUGAGAAUAGCUUGGAUUUUUCAGACUAUUCGAAAGCCAACGACGCCGUCAAUCCCUACUCCAAACUGAAGAACUCAAGGAACGGAUCUCGAGAACCGUCGGCAUCAUUAUCGCUGUCAAGUUCUUGAUUUUGAGGUUGGAGUUGUAUAAUUUGAACAUUUUUUUAGCUUUGAGAAGUUUUUUAUGCACUGUGGAUCUGAAAGAAGACGAAUUUUUGCUUUUUUUUCGGAUAUUUGAACUUGGAAGUAAAGAAGUAAUGUUUGAAGGGGACACUUAAGGAGCCUUUUGAGUAGUUACUUGGAAAUUUAUUUUUAGAAGUCCAUCAGGUCACAUGUAGAGCGUUUCUAGGGAUUUUGAAGCGUUUUCUCAAAAUUCUUGGUUUAAUUUUUAUCAAAUUUACGUUUGGAAGAAGUGGUCACUGGAGGGAACUUUUGAGAAACAACUUAAGGAGUUUUCCUUUGGGAACGUUUCGGAAUGAGUACUUAAGGGGUCUACUUCAAAAUGAGCACUUAAGGGGUCUACUUCAAAAUGAAUACUUAAGGGGUUUUCAAAAUGAGCACUUAAGGGGUCUUCAAAAUGAGUACUUGAGGCGUUUAUUUCAAAAUGAGUACUUAUAAGGGAACCUUUUUUAGCCCUGCGUCAUUUUUGAUGACUCUAGUGACCCCUUUAGUGAUCUAGGACCUCCUGAUUCCAGAAGAAAAAAAGGUUUCCCAGUUGAAGUGGUCGCUUAAGGGUAGAUUCUUCUAAGCGAUGAUUAUCAAAGCUUCGUUCUCUCCACUAGAGGGAUCACUUUGAUUUUUCUCUUUACCAUCCAUAACUUCCUCAGAUCAAUGCCGGUCUUCUUCGACGUCUACGAAAACCUCUACGGAAUCGAAUCGUUCGGAUUGGUUCUAUCGGUGAUGGUUCGAGUCUCCGAUUUCCUCGUCGUCCUGAACUCGGCCACCAACUCGCUAGCCACCUUUGGGAAGAAUAUGUAAUUUUAAAUGUUACUUUCUUGUAUCGAAACGAAUUCUUCAGUUGGUUCGAACGACGCCUUCGAUUCAAGCUUUUGAAACAUGCGAGAAUAGAGAAGGACAUGGAGAAGAACGCCUAUAAAGCCAUGGUGAGGGAAUGAUUUUUGUUAGGGAUCGAAAAACAAAAGGUAUAAAAAGGUGUAAAGUUCAAAAAAGUUAUAGUGGAGUCUUGUGUCAAAUUUUUCCAGAAUCCAGCUGAAAAAUGAUAAAAAUCAGGUUUUUUUUGAGGUAUUUUUGGAAAAAAGUCCAUUGGGAAUUUGGAAAAUAUGUGUUUAUUUUCGAAUUUUCAAUUUUUAACACAACUUUAAGACUAAAGAGACAAAUUUUGAGCUCAAAAUAGGGAAAAUUAGUCAUUUAGUUUUAAAAUUUUUGAAUUUUUUUGAGGGGCUUUUUAGCUUUUUCUAUAGCUUUGAACCUGUAGAGGAACGUAGGAAAUUCAAAAUUUGCAAAUUCUUAGGAAUUAAAGAGUGGUCCCGAUAGGGGUUAGGGGGAAAGAAACCUCUAUAGGGGUCGAAAAAGUGGUCACUAUAGGGAUUAAAUUGAGGUGGUCCCUAUAGGGGUUCAGGUUUGACCCAUUAGCUUUCAAAACUUUUUUGCACCCUAUAGGGGUUGAUAAAGUGUCCCUAAGGUUGCCCCUAUAGGGACCACUCUGGAGGUCUUAAGUUAGUUCAGAAGUGUAGCUCCCCCUCCCGCCACGUUACAUCUACAGUUCUCCAAACUACAGUAAUACUACAGUAAGGCUAUAGUUAGACUACAGUAAUACCUUAGUAUUUUUUUAUAUUUUUCAGUACUACGGUAAUACUACAUUAAGACGGUAUCGCUGUAGUAUUACGGUACCUUGGAUUACUGUAGUAUUACUUUAGUUUGGAGUACUGUAGGUGAAACGUGUCAGGGGGGCUAAAAUUUACUUCUUUCAGAGUGCUUCUAUCAGUUAAAACCGCGUUUUCCGGCUUUUUGGACCCUUUAAAAUCUCUAUAUUUUUCCAGAAAGCCACCUCAGCGAUGGCCGUGAUGGGAGUGCCGCCGAAAUGUUGUCUAGUCGAUUUACCUUCAUCCAAAUUCCCCAAUCCGAAUAUUAAAACACCACCAGUGGAUUUCCUAUGA